CCGCUGAGCACACGUGACAUGAGACACCCGGAAACCUUCUGCGGAUUAAUAAAUACUUGAUUCUUAAAUGACAGCAAGUUUAGAUUAUUGGUAUUAAAGUAAAUUGUUCCUUCUGGGAUUAACGGAGAUGAUUCAGGCGUUAAAAGGUGUGAGACACGUCACGUCCGGUGCGGCGAAGCAAGCAGUUUCAGAGCUCUGCAUCGCGGUGCCAUGGGGGGAGAUCAGAGGUACAGUCUGGGGUCCUGAUCAUGGUCGGCCGGUGCUGUGCCUGCAUGGCUGGGCUGAUAACUGUGGGACGUUCAACGCGCUGCUCCCUUUUCUACCCAAAGACUUCAGGUACGUCGCGGUGGACUUGCCCGGUCACGGCUGCUCAUCCCAUCGUCCUCCUGGAGUUCUCUAUGCCUUCCCUUCUUACGUGUUGGACGUGCGCAGAGUGGUUGAUGCGCUGCAGUGGAGCAGGUUCUCCAUCAUCGGCCACAGCAUGGGUGGAAACAUAGCUGGAAUGUUCAGCGCUCUGUAUCCUGAGAUGGUGGACGCCGUGGUGCUGCUGGACUCCUACGGGUUCAUACCUACUGAUCCGAAAGAAAUGCCUGGAAUACUACGGCAGGGGAUGGAUGAGAUGAUCCAGUUUGAAAAGAAGAUGGAGGGCAUGAAGGGGCGAGUUUACACCUAUGAAAAGGCUGUUGAAAGGCUUUUGGCUGCUAACCCAAGUCUGGGUGAAGCGUCUGCAAAGAUCCUCUUAGAGCGAGGUCUGGUCCAGGUGGACGGAGGAGUGACGUUCUCCAGAGACUUUCGCAUCAACCUGAAGAACAUUUCUCGCCUCAGUCUGGAACAGAGUCUGGAGCUGCAGUCCAAGAUUGAAGCUUCUGUCCUUGUUGUUCUAGCAGAAGGUGGAUUUGAGAAAAUAUUUACAGACGGUGACAAGAAGAAAUUUACAUCGACUCUUCUUCAGGCCUACAGGGAUAGAAAUAACACGGUGGUGAAGGUUCCAGGUGAUCAUCACGUCCACCUAAACAAUCCUGAAGUGGUGGCGCCGCUGGUGUCCGAGUUCCUGCAGAACAAAGCGCUCUCGCCGUCAGCAGGAUCCGCAGACGUCACUUCCCCCAAGUUAUAGUGAAGAUGCCAGAAAACCAAGCGUGUCUUCUUGCUAACUAAUGUGCAUUAAUGCAGCUUGGUGCCUAAAAUCAUCCUGUUGAUUUGCAUAAAACAUGAUUUGAUGUUCCUGAACUAAAAGUGCCGAAAGCUUCCGCUUUAUGAACAAACUCAAAGAUCAGAUCAGCGUCUGAGAAAAACAUCAUUAACUCUGAAAUCUAAUCAAGUUAAGCUGCUAUUUUCCCUUUUAUGGGAUUUUUAAUGUUAAAGAAGCUUUUCUAGUUUUGGAGUCAUAAGAAAUAAAUAAUAAAUGAAA